GUGCAAUGGAGGGGAUGAGGGAGGAUGUUGUGCAGGGGAGGGGACGCACGGACGGCAGGGGCGAGGGGAGAGGAGGCGGCGAGCAAGGGCCGUGUGGGGGAGGGGCGGAGGCCAGGGAGGGGCCUGCAGGAGCAGCUGCUGGUGAAUCGGCAGUGCAGCGUCGCGAUCUGAUUGGUGCAGAAAGGGGCACGGUGUUCGGGGACAGAGGGGAGCGGGAGCGGAGGUGGGGUGGUGGAGCAGAUGCGCUGAGAGGAGGAGGGCAGCAAGGGGUGAGCGAUGGCGGCCGUGCGAGGGGCAGUGGCGGCACUAGCUCAGGCGAGGAGAGCAGGGAGAGCAGCGAGAGCAGCGAGAGCAGGGAGAGCAGUUCUUGUGAUGACAGCCCCUCGCGCCUGGCGCUCACUCCAUCCUUUCCCCUGGGCCCUCUGCUUGGCAGCACCUCCCACGGGCCACCAGGGGGCAGUGUGGGGCGCACAGGGGCAAGGGUGGACAAGAGGCGAGAGAGGGAAGUGGGGGGGGGGAGAGUAGAGGGUGGAGGGCGACAAAGCACUGUCAGUGACCUGUCCACCCACUCACACUCCUCCACAUCCCUCUCGUACUCCCUCUCUUCCUCAUCGCUCUCUCCCUCCUCCCCCUGACCUCUGCUCCCUGAAGUUCCCUGCUUUCUGUGACGCCCACUCGGGAUGUGCAGGAGCCCACUCGGGAUGUGCAGGAGCCCACUCGGGAUGUGCAGGAGCCCACUCGGGAUGUUCAGGAGCCCACUCGGGAUGUGGAGGAGCCCACUCGGGAUGUGCAGGAGCCCACUCGGGAUGUGCAGGAGCCCACUCGGGAUGUGCAGGAGCCCACUCGGGAUGUGCAGAAACCCACUCGGGAUGUGCAGGAGCCCACUCGGGAUGUUCAGGAGCCCACUCGGGAUGUGGAGGAGCCCACUCGGGAUGUGCAGGAGCCCACUCGGGAUGUGCAGGAGCCCACUCGGGAUGUGCAGGAGCCCACUCGGUAUGUGCAGGAGCCCACUCGGGAUGUGGAGGAGCCCACUCGGGAUGUGCAGGAGCCCACUCGGGAUGUGCAGGAGCCCACUCGGGAUGUGGAGGAGCCCAC